AUGAUGGUGCUGAUCUGCUUAAUCUUCAGUGUACUUUCAACCAUAGAUCAGUAUACAGUAUUUGCCAAUGAAACAUUGUUCUAUAUGGAAAUCGUCCUGGUGGUGUUUUUUGGUCUGGAGUACGUGAUUCGGCUGUGGUCCGCGGGCUGUAGAAGUAAAUAUAUGGGAAUCACAGGACGCUUCAGAUUCGCCCGUAAACCGAUAUCUAUCAUAGACUUUCUGGUGGUUACAGCUUCAAUUGUGGUUUUGUCUGUCGGGUCUAAUGGCCAGGUGUUCGCCACCUCAGCUAUCAGAGGUGUACGAUUUCUUCAAAUUCUGCGGAUGUUACACGUUGACAGACAGGGUGGAACUUGGCGUUUAUUAGGAUCAGUUGUUUAUAUACACAGACAGGAAUUGAUCACCACGCUUUAUAUAGGAUUCCUGGGACUCAUUUUCUCUUCGUAUUUUGUCUACCUAGCAGAAAAAGAGAACGGGUCUACAGACUUCACCAGUUACGCUGACGCCCUCUGGUGGGGCGUGAUUACCGUUACAACGAUUGGCUAUGGUGACACAGUCCCUCAGACGUGGAUGGGGAGGAUUGUAGCCUCCUGUUUUUCUGUUUUUGCCAUUUCCUUUUUUGCUCUUCCUGCUGGUAUACUUGGGUCUGGGUUCGCCCUUAAAGUUCAGCAAAAACAACGACAGAAACAUUUUAAUCGUCAGAUUCCCACCGCUGCCUCUCUUAUACAGUGCUUAUGGCGGUGCCACGCGGCAGAACCUAACUUUCACUCUAGCGCCACCUGGAAGGUUCAUUUAGAUGAGAAGCGCCACCUACACAAACAUCAUUACGGUUUUACAAAAAUGUCUCAUACCAAAAAAAUGAUAAACAAUAAGCAAAACUUGUCGUCAGGUUCUCUAUCUAGAUUUAGUCAAAGGCCAAAUCUUCUGAAGAAACGAAAUUUUUCUCGGACCUCCAGUAUUACAGAUAAACACGGAAGUUGUCAAUCUAUUCCUGAGUUCUCCGACAAAACAGAUCUGAACAACUGCCAGACAGUAGAAAUGACGGAGUACAACAACGACGUAUUGGAGGAAGAACCCGUGUCUAAACCUCACGAAUUAACAGAAGAACAUAAGACGAUGAUAAGAGUUAUUCGAAGAAUUAAAUUCUUUGUUGCCAGGAGACGUUUUCAGCUAGCUAGGAAGCCCUAUGACGUCAGAGAUGUUAUUGAGCAAUAUUCUCAGGGACAUUUAAACAUGAUGGUGCGGAUCAAAGAACUUCAGAGGAGACUGGAUACAACUUUAGGAAAGCCACUACAUAUAUUGAACAGGGAUAAAGAACGAGUAACCGUCUUCUCCAAGCUAUCGAGUAUGGAGACUCAAAUGCGGGAUCUAGACAGAAAAAUGGAUCAGAUACUGGUGCUGUUACACACACAACAACGACAAAUGCACGAUUGACAGAGAGUUUACAUACCUAAUCGCAAUAGCUCUGACCCAAGACAAUGACAAACGCAGAAUUGGCGGAGAGUUUGGGGAUUCGAGUCUACCAUUGUCUUACACGCUUAUAUGGGCAUGAUUUAGGGAUAUUUUAUAGACCUAUGUCUAUAUACUGCAUCGAGAAGCGCGCGGUUAACGGAAAUUUAGGAUAAAAGAUUGUGAUUGACAGGGAAAGUAGUCUAAAUGGUUCACGUGUGAUACCGACAAGCGUCUAAAUAAAAAAAAAAUUAUGAAACCAAGUCUUCCAACAACAUCAACAACUUUUACAUUGACUUGUGUAAAAACCAGAAUUGGAAUAUUCGUUAUUGUUGUUACGGAAAUAUUUCUGAAGAAUUCACUGGAAAACAUUUAUAAAAGAACUGGUAACUAUAUGAAUGCUUCAUAUUAAGCAAAGAAUUUUACCACAUUUGUCUUAAUCUCAACUCGUGUCCGAAACAUUUUAUUGUUGGACGUGUUCAUAGACGAUUAAUUCUCGCCUGGACAGAAUUUUUUAGCAUUGAAUGUCACUUUAUAACGUUAUAUUUGAAUUUUCUUUAUGAAAAGAUGUUUUUAUUUAUUUUCUCAACGUAUUCAAACAAUGUUAUUAUUUUCCAU